AUGGAUGGAAUGAAUGAUUCUGUGGUCUCUGAGUUUGUGUUGCUGGGACUCUCUGGUUCAUGGGAAAUUAAAGUUUUUCUCAAGCUGACAUUCUCAUUGCUGUACUUAGGGAUCAUACUGGGAAAUCUCUUCAUCGUCUUUUUGGUAAUCACUGAUUCUCACUUACAUUCUCCUAUGUACUUCCUGCUGGCCAACCUGUCCCUCAAUGAUGUGGGACUUUCCUCUACUACAGUUCCCAGGAUGGUCACAGACCUGCUAAAGGAGAAGAAAGUAAUUUCUUUCCAAAGCUGUAUGGCACAGGUAUGCUUUGUCCACAUCAUGGGAGGAACAGAAAUGGUGCUGCUCAUAGCCAUGGCAUUUGACAGGUAUGCAGCCAUCUGUAAGCCUCUCCACUACUUGAGCAUUAUGAGCCCGAAAAAAUGCAUUUUAUUUGUAGUCAUUAGCUGGGUAACUGGAACGAUCCAUUCUAUUUCUCAAUUUUCUCUGAUUGUAAACUUGCCUUUUUGUGGUCCUAAUACCAUAGACAGCUUUUACUGUGACUUCCCCAGGGUCAUACAACUUGCAUGCUCAGAUUCAGCCAUGUUUGAGUUUCUUGGAACUGCCAACAGUGGAUUCAUGAGCCUGAUCACCUUCUUGCUGCUCCUCCUUUCCUAUGUCUUCAUUUUGGUCACUGUCUGGAAAAGUUCCUCUGGGGACUUGUCCAAGGCUCUUGGCACAUUGUCAGCUCACAUCACUGUGGUGGUUCUCUAUUUCACUCCGUGUAUAUUUAUCUAUAUGUGGCCUUUCCCAGAAUCAUCAGUUGAUAAAUACAUGUUUAUAGUUGACUUUGCUAUCACCCCUGCCUUGAAUCCUAUCAUAUAUACAUUAAGAAACAAAGAUAUAAAAUUAGCAACUGAAAGACUGAUUAAUCAGCAUCAUUCUGACAGAUUCUCCUGA